AUCAGCGAUAGCGGAUUUUUCACAGCAUUUGUACAACAUAUUUCCGUUGGUAUCGUUUGAGCAACAGCAGCCAACAAAGGAUUGCGUCUGCUACGUGCGUGCGUGAGAGUGUUUUAUGUUGUUGUGAAUUUAAGUUUUGUUAGUGCAAAUUUGUGCUAGGUUAUGGUUUUGUUACAUUCUAUGGUAAGCACACAUUCGGGAUAGUGCAUUUGUUGAAGACGAAUUGAUGAAAAGUGUCCAUGUAAAUACCGAAAUAGGUUGUGCAAAAAGGCUCAUCCACUAGACCGGCAUCGAAAGCGCAGAUUUGUUUAUUAGUGUUAUUUUCGUGCUGUCGGCCUUCGGCAGGUUACGUUUAAUUGUCUUGUAUGUGUCCAUACUAUGAGAGUAGGGCGUCCGAGCUAAAGUAAAGCGUUAGCAAGUUAUUCAUCUUAAAAGCCCUCAAGAGCCCGACUACACACCAUGUCGGACAAUGUGAAGGUUUCGAUAAAAGUGCGUCCACUGAUUAAACGAGAGAAGGACAGCAAGCUAACAUCACAAUGGCGCAUCCGGGAUAACACGAUCGCAACCAUCGAUGGCAAUGGCGAUCCGUUCGUGUUUGAUCACAUCUUCGAUGAAACCGUGUCCACCCGAGAGCUGUUCGAUACCGUGUGCCGUCCGGUCAUUCUAUCUGCCCUGAACGGCAUCAAUGGGACGAUAUUUGCGUACGGUCAGACAUCAUCCGGCAAAACGUACACCAUGAUCGGGAACGAUCGCGAACCGGGUGUGGUACCGUUGACGGCCAGGGAAAUUUUCGAGCAAAUCACCAAGAUCAAGGAACGGCAGUUUCUGAUUCGCGUCGGUUUCAUCGAGAUCUACAACGAAAAGAUCCACGAUCUGCUCAACACGGCAAACACGAAUCUGAAGAUUGUCGAGAGCCAGUGCGGCGAUGUGUCGGUAAACUCGAAGGAAUGCAUCACGAACUGUGCGGAACAGAUCAUACAGCACGUGGACGAUGGUAACAAGGCGCGCAAGAUUGGCGAAACGAACAUGAACGAGCGGUCCAGCCGAUCGCACACGAUCUUCCGGAUUACGAUCGAAUCGAGGGUCAUCAGUGCGGCAAGCGCGGACGGCAAUCUCGAUAAUGAGGCGGUACAAAUCGGGAUUCUGAAUCUGGUCGAUUUGGCCGGUAGCGAGCGGGCGGACCAAACCGGAGCGACCGGGUCUCGCUUUAAGGAGGGUGUCUGCAUCAACAAGAGUCUCCUGUCGCUCAGCUGCGUGAUACAAAAGUUGAGCGAAAACCCGGACAAACAGUUUAUCAACUAUCGCGAUUCGAAGCUGACGAGAAUCCUGCAAGCGUCACUCGGUGGCAAUGCGGUCACCUCCAUGAUCUGCAACAUCACGCCAGCCGUGGUGGACGAAACGUACUACACGCUGAGCUUCGCGAUGCGAGCCAAAACCAUCCGCAACAAGCCGAAGGUGAACGAAAUCCUCACCGAUGCGGCCAUGACGAAGCGGCUCGAGCGGGAAAUCAAGCGGCUGAAGAACAUGCUCCUGUCGGAGCAGAACAAGAACAGUAAGAUUAAAACGAUGGAGCUGCAGAACGCGAUCACGCUGCGCACGAACCAGUUCAUCAACUCGAACCAAGCACAGCUGGCGCUGACGGAUAAUGCACGGCGCCGAACGUGGUGUCCAUCGACGUCGGAAAUUCCCCGGCUAGCGGCCACCACCCACCGGCCGACACCGGACGUGAUGGGUGAAGGGCGUACGCUGAUGGGACCACCGUCGUCGGUGCUGACCGGUGGCCAGUAUCUCGUGACGAUAAACGGUGCCACACCGCAGAUUGCCAUUCGAACGAUGUCGGCCGAUGAGGAGCUUGUGCCGAACGAUAAUCGGACCACCGUCGACGGGGGAGCAUUCUCCGCCACGCUCGCCCUGAUGGGCAACGAUGAACCGCACAUUGACUAUCGGGGGCUGUUGGACAACAGGGACCUGUUGGCCCGCCGGGUUCGAUCGACAUCACCGAACGGACUCCUUAAUCCGUUUGCGGAAGGUGAUGAGUUUGUGCCGGGUGAGCUUAUCAGCUUCGGAAAGGCUUCCCUAUCACCGCUGUCCACCGUGGAACGGGAGCUACACACACCGAAGAGCCUGCGGAGAAAGCGUCGAUCGUCUACCGGUGAUUCACCGCCACAGUUCAAUUACGAGGAGCGAUGCCGGCAGCUUGAACAGGAACUGCUCGAGCUGCAAGAGUUUACCAAGCUAGAAAACGUCGUCGAAACGCAACACCUGAAGCAGGAACUUGCCAACAGUGAGGCAGCACUGACGGACCUGAAGCACAGCCUCGAGGAGAAGGAGCAACGCUUGGAGCAGCUAGAGGAACGAUGCACCCAUCUAGAGAUUGAACUCAAGCACCAGCAGGCCACGGCAACGCAAGCGGCAAACGAUUCCGCUACAGCCGCUAAGGAGCGCCAGGCAGCAGUACGCGAGGCAGAACUGCAUCGCAAUCAGCUCACCGGCAUUGAGUUUGAGUUUGAGCGGUUUCGGCAGCGUGCCGAGGCUCGCGAGAAAGAGUUGAUAGAAUCGCUGCAGGAGGCGCGCAGCAGUGCGUCCGGAUUGUCAGCCAAUGGCUCGGACAGUUUUAAGCUCGAUCAAAAGCGCGAAGAAAUGAAGCGUUUGGAAAUGCAAAACUACGAGUUUACGCUACAGCUGGAAGAAUGCAACAAGCAGAUCGAGCAACUGAAAUCCUCCUGUCUCGACCACCAGCGCAAGCUGGACCAUGUCCGGCAAGCCGUGCUCCAGUACCAGCAAACGCCUCCCGUGCAGGCAGAGGACGUGGCUCAGUCGUUGGUGAACUCGUUGCGCAAGCUGCUGCUAUCGCAAGACCCUGGGUCGGAAAAGGAAACGACCGUAAACGGCUCGCCGCACCCGCCGCACGGUUACGAUGCAAAUCAAACAACCGAUGGUGGUGAUGGUGGGGCGAUCGAUGGCACCAAUGCUACCAUGCUGGGGGAGGAGAAAACCAUCCAGGAGCUGGUGGCGAUUGUCGAACAGCUCGAGGCAAACAUUCAGAUGCUCGAGCAGGAAAAGUGCUCCCAGCAGGAGGCAAGCGAUGUGCUGCUGAGCGAGCUAAAAUCAAAGCUCGACAGCAAGUACGCCUCCAUCGGCCAGCUGGAGCAAGAGCUGCAAGAGUGCAAAGCAAAGUACACGGCACAAACGUCCGAAUAUGACGAGCUUUCGACGCAGCUGAUGGAUCAAAUGCAGGACAACGAAACCCUUCGGAAGGAGCAUGAAUUGCUGAAAAAGAGUCAGGCGGAACAGGAGGAACGGGCGCAAGCGCAACGGGCCGAGCUUGAUCGUGAAAUGGUUACGCUGCGCGAAUCCCUCCAAAAGCUUACCACCGAGCGGGAUGAGCUGCAGCGUUUGUGUGAUUCGCUGCAAGCCGCGAUUGAAAAGCAUGCCUCGGCAGUGGAUACGAUCGAGGCGGAUAAGGAGAAGCUGUCGGUGGAAUGUGGUGCAGCGAAGGCACGGUACGAAGAGGCUGCCCUCGGAAAGGAUAAGCUAACGAAGGAACUGGAACGCUUGAAAGAGGAGCACGAACAAUUGAGAGGUGAAAUCGGCCAACAGCGAACGGACAAAGAAUUGCUUGUGGUAGAAAACGAUCGACUGGCGGAAGCGUUGGAACUGUUGCGAAAGGAGCAGCAGCAAAACUCUGCACUCGAAAGUGGUACAAAAGAAUCGGAAGAGCAGGAGCAGCACAGACUACUGCAACAGCUAAAGGAUGAGCUUGAUCUGCGCGUCCAGCAGCUGGAAGAGGAGCUGAAACAGUGGCAAGCUAAGCACGCAUCGGUAGAGACAGAACAGAAGGAGCAAUUGAAACGAUUUACCGAGGAGAAGCAACUCAUUACGAAAGAUCGCAACGAUCUGCUGCAAAAGAUUGAUGAGCUGCAAGCGUCGCUGGUAGAGUUGAGCGCCGAAAAAGAUAGGCAAAUUCGCUCCGAGAAAGAAUCGUUACUGGAAGAGAUCGAGCAGCUUAAGGAGCUGCAGCAGGCGAGGAUUAGUCAGCAUGAACAGGAAAUCCGUACCCUAACCGAGCGGGAAUCGAACUCCCUUAACCGGAUGCGAGAAGAAAUGGAAUGCUCCAGCAAAGCACUACUCGCCCAGCUCACGGAGGAAAGGGACACGAUCGUGACGCAAGAAGCUAGCUGUAGGGAAGAGCUACGAAACGCCGAGAAAACUAUUCAAACGCUGGAGGAUAAGCUGGAAACGGCCCGUUCCGAACAGGCGGCAAUGUUGGAGCAGCACCAGCACGAGCGGCAAGACGGUGAACACAAACGGACCGAAUUGGAGCGCGAGUUGAAAAGCGUCACGGAGCUGUGUGCAAUGCUUAAAAAGGAAAAUAAGGAUUCCGAGGAGCAGGAUGCGUUGGUGCAGGAGCUAGUGAAAGCUAAAGAAACACUUAACGAACAGUUGAGAGAAAAAGAGCGCGCAUUGACUAGCGUCACGUGUAAGCUGGAAGCUGCCGAGCUAAAUGUUACUCAACUCGCCGCUGUACAGAAGCAAGAUCGCGAAACGUUCGAUGCCACGCAGCAAAAGCUCGAACAGGAAAUCGAACUGCUGAAGCAGGUGGCGGAUCAGCAGCGUGACGGCAAAGCGCUGCUCGAGCAAGAACAUUCCGCGUGCGGUGCCGUGCAGCAAACUCUUCAACUGCAGCUCGAGCAACGGGAAGCGGAAAUGCGCAAGCACAUCACCGCACUGGACACGCUCCGUACGGAGCAGCGUGAACUGCAGGAGAAAAAUGCAACGCUACAGCAGGAGCUAGAUUCACUUCAAUCGAACGUAUCGCAAUUGAUAAGCGAAAAUGAAGCACUGCUUAAGGAGCAGCUCGAUGGAGCUGAGAUGCAGCUAGAGCAGCACAGCGUCGACCAGGAAGAGCUGACAAAGUUACGCUCCUGUCGCGAUGAAUCGGAACGUUUGAUGGCCCAGCUCGAGCGCGAUCUGGCGACGGUGCGUGCCGAGCUGGAGAUGGUUCGUACCGAGCUGCUCGAGGAGAAGCAGCGUCGGGAUGCGAGCGAGCGCACGGAAAAGGAGCGCUUGCAAUCGACCAACGAGCAGACGGAACGGUUACGCUGCUCCAUCGGUGCGCUUGAGGAUGAGAAGCGACGCCUGCAGGAGGCAACCGAUCGACUGCACACGGAACUGGAUGCGAAAGAAAAGCGUACCGCCGAGCUGGAAGCGGUGCAGCAGCAAAAGGAAGCCUUGCUCGACGAGCUGCGUAAGGAAAACAGCGAUCUGACCAUAGCGGUGCAGGAACUGUCCGCCAAGAUCGUUAACUUGGAAGAGCAAAUGGACAGCAACGAGGCGAUACAGCGGAAAACGAUCGAUACGCUCGUGCGGGAAAAGCACGAGCAGGAAGACACCAUCGCCGCGCUCAAGCGCCAACUGGCGGAGCUCGAAGGCAAGCUGAGCCAGCUCGAAACACAACACGACCAGGUGUGCGGCGAGCUGCGCGAGGUGAAGGCAUCGCUAGAGGAGAGUCUGGCCGCGCGCGUACGGCUCGAGCUGGACAUCGAGGAGUCGUCCAGCGUGCGGGACGUGCUCGAGCGCGAGCUGCAGAGUCUUAAGUGCGACGUGGAGAGCCUGGACAGCAAGCUGGCCCACGAGCGGUACGAACAGGAGUGCCAGGUGUCCGCUAACCUGCGCCGCGAGCUUAGCGAAAAACAGAAGGAGCUCGAAAGCUUUAUGGCCACCGGCCGUCCUUCGCUCGGGGACGGGCGCGUGGCACAGGCGCUGCGCCGCGAGAACGAAGAUCUGCUAAAGCAGCUGAACGAAGCGCGCCAAAUCGAUGGUCUCAAGGGGCGCCAGCUGCAGGAGCGCGUGGAUGAGCUGGAGCGGCUCGAGACGGAGAUUGCGCGGCUUCGCGAGGAGAUGUCGACCAUGCGGCACGAGUCGAGCUUCAACGAGAAGCUGGAAGAGAUAGACCACCUGCAGCGGAAGGUGCAGGACUCGGAGAAGGUUCGCGAGGAAACGGUACACCAGAAGCGGUCGCUGGAGCGUGCGUUCGAUCAGCUGCGGUUCAAGCACCAGUCGCUCACGAAGGAGGUGGACGAGCUGCGGCGCACCACGGACAAGGAGCGGAAGUCCCGCCGGCAGAGCACGCACGACGAUCGGCGCGGGUUGCUGUUCAACAGCAAGGAAAUGGCCACGAUGACGGAUCCUACCUCUGCCGAUUGUGCCUGUUCGGAGAUGAACGAAAAGAUAAAGGAGCUGCGCAACAAGCUUACCCUGAAGGACUGUCAGCUAAACACGCAGAAGCUCAUCACGUCCGCCAACCCGCUCAAGAACGAAAUUACGGAAAUGCGCCGAAAGCUGGAGGAGCAGCACCGCGAACGGUGCACGAUCGAGCACGAGCUGCACGCGGUACUGGAGGAGCUCGACCGGGAAAGGAAAGAUCGCAAACGGCACUGCACGCAGUGUAUGCGGCACAGCCGACAGCAGAACGCACGCUGCGAUAAAGCGGUACAGGCGUACCAGCCGAACGACGCUACUAGUCCGUCGUGUUCGGCCGCCGUAUCCGUCUCGAUCGUGUCCAGCGGUGGCCGCAAUGGAUUGCUGGCAGGCGGUGAGGAACUGAAGGCACUGCAAAAGCGGUACGACGAACAGCAGGAGCAGUACGAGAAGCUGAACGACAAGUACCAAACGAUGAAGCAACUGUGCCGGAUACGGAACGAGAAGAUUACCAGCCUGAGUGCGGGACUUGCCGAGAAGGAGAACGAAAAUACGAACGUGAACCGUAGCAUACAGAACGAAUGUAUCCAGCUGAAGCAACAGCUAAAGGAGGCAGAAAAUAGGUACGCCCAGAUCUAUCACCAAAGUACGCACCAGCUGAAAGGGAAGCGAGCGGACGUUGGUUUGCAGACGGAGAGUGAUACGACUGCUCGGCAAGAGGCGGACAUGUAUCGGGACAAGUACGAGCGCUACAAGGCACUGGCGACCCGGCUGAUGAAUGAAAAAACCAACAAACUGAACGGCCAACAGCGGUCGGCGGCGAACGGCGUUUAGGUGGCGUUCGCGGUGCUGCGUUUAAAGUUUGUUCUAGUCUCGUGGGGGUAAAAACAUAACAAUUGUAAAGCAAAGUCUUUCGUUGCUAGAUACUUAAGCAAAUCAACCUGUUCCUCCCGUCCGUUCUCCGAUUAACCGGAACAUCCCGUACCGUUGCAUUUCCGUGUGUGUGUGCUGAUGUGUGUAACAAAUGAGUGUAUAUUACAGACAAUUUAGUGUGAUCCGAUUUAAUCCGUGUUUCCUGUUUGGCACUACCAUUAUACUCGCUAUAUCGUCUCUGUUUCCGAUAUUGCUCUUUGCGCAUCGUGCGUGCGUAGUAAAUAAGUAGUUAGUCCUUUUCCUUCCGGCGAUUAAGAAAAGUUUGGCUGUUUGUACCUUAUAUCUCCGUGUAGGCAGUGAUUAGAAGCGUUAAAAGGUAGCAAACGGAAGGGGGUACAUAUUUAUUGUGCUAUUCAAGACUGUGUAUCGACCGCUGUUUCAUGAACGCAAGUGUUCGCCAACACGUACAUGCGCUGGCGAAAAAGGUAUAAAGUAAAAAUUGUAAUAGAUAUGUUGGUGGUGUGUGCUAAUGAUUAAAAUUGAAAACUACCGAAAACUGUAAAAA